CUGAAAUCUUCAUUAACAUAAUGAAGAAAGAACAGAUUUUGGGGGUUUCUGUAUGUCUGCUGCUUAGCUGUGCCUCUGCCCCUCUUGAUGCUAUUCCUGUGGAAGGUGAAGAAUAUACAAACAUUACAGAUGCUGAGUUGCUUCCAGUGCGAUCUGUACAUUCAUUUUGUGCAAUGAGAGCAGAUGAUGGCCCAUGCAAAGCAAUGAUAAAGAGAUUUUUUUUCAAUAUUCACACUCAACAAUGUGAAGAAUUUAUUUAUGGAGGAUGUGAAGGAAAUCAGAAUCGAUUUGAAACUCUGGAAGAAUGCAAACAAAAAUGUACAAGAGAUUAUCCAAUGAAUAUUACAAAGAGGAAAAUAACACUGCAAAAAGAAAAGCCAGAUUUCUGCUUUUUGGAAGAAGAUGUUGGCAUCUGUCGUGGUUAUAUUACUAGGUAUUUUUAUAACAAGCAAUCAAAGCAGUGUGAACGUUUCACGUAUGGUGGGUGCCUCGGGAAUCUCAACAAUUUUGAAUCACUAGAAGAAUGCAAGAACACCUGUGAAGACACAUUGAAUGAUAGAAUCCAGGUUGAUGCACCUAGCAAGAAACCCAGCUCCUUUGAAUUUAAUCGCCCCUCCUGGUGUCUGACCCCAGCAGACAGGGGAUUGUGUCGAGCCAAUGUGACCAGAUUCUACUACGAUUCAGUCAUUGGGAAAUGCCACACAUUUGAGUACAGUGGAUGUGGAGGGAAUGAGAACAAUUUUACCUCCAGAAAAGCAUGUUUUAGGGCUUGUGAAAGAGGUUAUAUCCGAAGAAUAUCAAAAGAAGGAUUACUUAAAACCAAAAGAAAAAGAAAGAAGCAGCUAGUCAAAAUAGUAUAUAAAUUUGGUACAUUACAGCAUCAUUUCUACUAA